AUCAACAUCAACAUCAACAUCAACAUCAACAUCAACACCACCAUGAACAUCGACGAUAUCCUUCAAGAGUUCGAAGAGUCGGAAACUCCAGUCACCUCCAACAUCCACAAUAACUUAAUCACCGCCAUGAUCAACGAACGGAUGUCACCUGAACUUCUCCCGUUUGCCCAAACCACAAUGACCACCGCCCUUACAGCUAUAUCCAACCAACAACAAUACUUGAUCGAUUCACACGAAUACGGAGACAGUGUGGGGUCCACCAGUGAGUUUAAACUAAACACGAUGAUUAUAGAAACAGAAAUCGAACGGUUGUGUUAUUUAGUUAGGAUGUAUCUACGCACGAGAUUGUCUAAACUCGACAAGUUUACUAUUUAUUACAUCAACGAAGAGCAGGAAGAUAGCAAGUUGCUAAGUGCCGAAGAGAAAGAGUAUAUUCACAAGUACGCCCAUUUGCUUACCCAGUUAUACAAUAAUUGUUUCCUCAAAAAAGUCCCUCCUAGCUUGACCUUGCUUGAUGAUACUAGUGGUGGCCAGCUGAUGAUUACCACACCAGACACCAACCAACACGUAUUUGUGAAAUCGGUUACUUCCAAACCAAUCACACUUUUUAUAGACAACGAUGAUAUCGAACUCAAGCGAGAUGGAAUCUAUGUGGUCAAGUACGGUCUUGUAAAACAAUAUAUAGAGCUAGGUGACGUAAUUUUAAUUUAAUGUAUAAUCGCAUCCAGGAGUAGGACAUUCAAUGUUUUCCCCUUCAAUAAACCAUUCCUUCAAACAUCCAAAAUGACCUCGAUGGCCGCAUUUCAAACUGACAACCACAGCAAGCCCAUCACACGGUUCGUUGCAAUAUAUACAAUUCAGCUGGUUAGUCUUGCAUUCUUGACAAUAGUAGUAGCCCUUGCUGGUGUUCUCAAGUAGUUUAUUACACCAGCAGCAAAAGAACUUGGGGUUGACAUCUGUAGAAAACUGUUGCUUUUGAACUAAUGUACUUUGAAUACUUUUGGGUGCCGACUUGAUAACAUUUCCAGCUUGCACAAACAUUCUUUUUCGACGGAGUAUGUCAAUAUAACUUCCAAUCCAUUCAAGACACUCAUUCUUACUGAUAAUCCCUGGGAACUUGUCGUAUAAGAGCAAAGAUACCGUCGCACAAAACACAACAUCUCCCUGGGUACAUGCAUACCCCACUGCUUGCUGAACCAAAUUUGAUAAAUGCCACGGAAGCAAGUCCUCCUUUUGUUCUAUUUCCGAUAAUGCCAUUGUCAAUCCACUUUUUAACGUAUUUGUGGAACUCUCCUUUUUUUCAAGGAAUAAUUCGUUUCGUUGGAGUUGUAAAGGCACAAGUGGUUUUAUCGAUGCCGUUAGAGGACGAAUCAGGGCGGCUGGGGAUGCACUUAUCGCCAUGGAACUGUAGGUGUUGUUCGACGAAAUACCCACUGAAGUAGGACUGGAAUUGAAUACGUUGGUCAUCAAGUGGAGGUUCUCGUUGUCCAAGUCGUGCCAAUGGGGUUUAACUGAACUAGGCAACAUCUCAAGUUCUGCCGGAGAUUCAUUUCCCCCAUCCAGUUUCUCAUCCACUCUCUCUUUAGUUGAUGCUGAAUUAUACGAACCGACAAAGUUUAAAUCACUAGCAAUGGAUUUCUCCGACAUAGUGGGCGGAAUAGGCGAUAAUGCAAUAUCACCACCAGUUUCCUCGGUAAUUGGCAGGAUAACCGUCACGUCAAGCUCCUCAGCGGCAAUCGCAAGCAUUCGCCAAAUCAGUGCUACCCGAAGCACACCGGCAUCUUCUGCCACAUCAGCAUUCAUACGUAGCACAUCGGUUAGUUUAAACCCAUCGGGGAUUUUCACUACGUAUCCCAUAGCCAAUGUCCGGAAUACAUACUCGUCAUUACUCGGUAUACCCAAACUAACCGGGAUC